UGUUUCGAGAAUUAUCGAUCGCAUAUAAAAGCAAUCGGUCGUGGCGUCUCCUUCACAAACGAUGUGCUACUUUUGACGGAGUUGUAUAGGUCAAAUAAGAGGAAGAAAAGCGAUAGCACAUCGAUAUUUCGGACUGUUUCGGACGUUUCUUACCAGAACUUUUCUUUACACUUUGACGAUUUAACGUGAAAUAGGCAUGACGACGAACAAGCUGAGUUUCAAGGUGUACCUCGUGAACGAGGAUCCGUGGACCUGCACGGAAGUGCGCAGAUUCGGCAUAGACCCUGAUAUCUCGACGAAUUUCGUAUAUCUGCGCGAGAAACUGCAGACCAUCUUCCCAGAUCUGCGGGGCAAGAGAUUCAAUGUCACCUGGAAAGAUGAUGAAAAUGAAACUAUUACCAUAUCCACCGACGAGGAAUUGGAGAUCGCAUUGCAUGAGAUGGCUAAAAAUAUGAUCUGUAAGCUCUAUAUCAUGCCGCAAUCAGAGCGAGAGGCAAUAGACAUGUCAAAGAUAGAAAAAAUACAACAUCCUGGCGUAAUAUGUGAUGUGUGUGAUAAGGAUAUAUGUGGUUUUCGUUUCAAAUGCAUGCAAUGUGCAGAUUAUGACUUAUGCAUUGACUGCAUGACACUCGGCAAUCAUACAGAGCAUUACAUGGUCCGUAUGACUCAGCCAAUGGUAUGGUCAAGCUAUCACGCUCGUCGUCUUGCUCACCACGUACGCAAGUUCGUGAAGAAGGCGGGACAUUACAAAGAAGAUGAGCAUAAGUGCAGUGAACCCCAUAAGAACAAGAACAAGAGAGGUAGCUGUCCAGUGUUCAACGUAGAUGGUAAAUUUGAUCUUAUUGAUCCAUCUAUUAUAAACUCCCUGGAGAAUUUUAUAAUAGACAUUUGUGCUGGUCCAUCAGACGAAAAUCAAGAGCGGAAGCGGACUAAGGAGCAGUACAGAGAACCAUCUGCUGAGGCUGCAACUGAGGCGACAGAAGACUCGCAGCAAGAAGCAACUAGGCACUCCUUUUCGCAGCUGCUGAAGAUCGUUGAGGACAAUAUCUCCAACAUUUCACAAUUUCUAGAUCCACUCGGCAUCAACGUCACCGUGAUGGCUGACAAUGACUCCUCUAAUAAAAAGUCUGCAGACAGCACUCAGAAGGCUAACACACAAAAGCCCGAGGCCCGUGCAUCCACAUCUUCAGAGGAAUCUGCCAAGAAGUUCCCAGGUGAAGGAAAAAAACUACGUGACGAUCCAGUAAAUACUGCAGCUGCUCCUUUGGAUAACGUACAAAAGGAUUCAACAACAACUGCAGCGGUAGCACCUCCAACUGCACCAGCCACAGCAACCUCUGCUGAACAAGCAGCUGAAGCUGAGGAAUGGACGAUGAUACAACGUGACAGCCCCAGUAUCAGCCGCACCUCUUCCACUUCUUCCUCGAAUGGAACUUUGCCUAAGCAGGCUACACCGUCCGCGCCUACAGCACCUGUGGCAGAGCCGGAAAAAUCAUCGUCAAAUCAGAAAAUCUACCCACCCUUACCAGAAGAAGUAAGAAACGAGUUUUAUCAUCCAAAUCCCAAGAUUCAGAACGCCGUAGAAGCGAUGAUGGCAAUGGGAUUCACCAACGAGGGUUCAUGGCUUACCCAUUUGUUAGUUGCACAAAAUGGUGACAUCGAUAAGGCACUGGACGUAAUACAUCCUGUACGCCUUCAUUAGGAGAGAUGGGGCCAAAAUUUUAGUUAACGAUAGUUUACAUAUAAUUAACAACAAAAAUAACAGUUAACAUAGUCUAUGCUUUCCAUGGUUAGUAUGAUAGUUUGUAAUUAUUAUUCAUUAUAUAGCGUCUUUUUUUUAUGUUGGAUUU